GAGCGCGUUCAAUCGACGCGUUAUGUGGAUUACCCGGCGCAAUACCGACGGAGGAAUGAUCGCUGGCUGAAGCUGUUGCGCGACCAUGAUUACAUGAAUGACACUGAGUUCCACGACCAUUUUCGACUUGAUCGUGACGUGUUUUAUCGCCUGGUGGAGUUAGUGAAAGAUGAUCCAGUGUUCUUCACAAAGGGGAACAAACCAUUUCGUGGC